AUGAAGGGAUUAUAUGUCCUUUUAAUGUUUGUUAUUGCUUCACGUAGCUUGUGUGCUAGAGAAACGCCUACUCCUUUCUUUAAUGUUCUUUCGUAUGGUGCAAUCGGGGAUGGUCAAACUGAUGAUACAAAUGCUUUUCUGGAAGCAUGGCAAGACGUGUGUGGCACAGUUGAUGGCAUCCCAACACUGUUCAUACCACGAGGCAAAACAUUUAUGUUGCAACCAUUGUUGUUUCAAGGUCCUUGUAAAUCGGCAUAUAUUAUGAUUGCGCUUAAAGGAAUUAUCAUUGCCCCACACAGUGUUGAGGCUUGGAAAUGGCCAAAUAAUGAAAGGACAGCAUGGAUCCAGUUCUGGCAAAUAAGUGGCCUUAAUAUAUAUGGAGGAGGAACGUUUAAUGGCCAAGGUGCCCCAUGGUGGUCGAAGUAUUUGGGAAGUGAAGAAAUAAAUAGGCCAACUGCUCUUGUUUUUUCCGGCUGUGAAAAUCUACAACUUCACCGGUUGACUCACAUUGAUAGUCCGAGAAAUCAUAUAAGCAUUGGUUCAUGUAAUGGAAUUAUUAUCUCCAAACUUAAUAUAAUUGCACCAGAGACAAGUCACAACACUGAUGGGAUUGACAUCGCACAUUCAUCCAACAUCCUCAUUCGGAAUUCAAACAUUCAAACCGGGGAUGAUUGUGUCGCCAUUAACUCUGGCUCAAGCUUCAUCAACAUAACUGGUGUUUUUUGUGGACCUGGCCAUGGCAUCAGUGUAGGUAGCCUUGGAAGAGGAGGAGAAUAUGCUAUGGUGGAAGAGAUACAUGUACGGAAUUGUACCUUCAAUGGAACUCAAAAUGGAGCUAGAAUCAAGACAUGGAAGGGAGGAUCUGGGUAUGCAAGGAAGAUCACAUAUGAAGAUAUUGAAAUUGUUGGAGCAUAUAACCCUUUGAUUAUUGACCAACAUUAUCACCCUAAUGGUAAAAGUGAAAGUACUUCUAGCACAGCAGUGGAAGUGAGUGAUGUUACUUUUCGAAAAUUCCGCGGAACCUCAGCUCAGGAGAAUGCAAUCCAAUUAAAUUGCGAUUCCAACAAUAUUGGUUGCACCAACAUUGUACUGGAUGAUAUUAACAUAACCAAUGUUGCUGGAGGAACAACAAAAGCAUCUUGCACUAAUGCACAUGCAACAUCUAUUUCAUGUCACCCGUACGUCUCGUGUCUUCCUUGA